AUGACACUCUCCCGAACAAAGCUGGCGUCAACAGAUGAGGCAAAUAGAGCUGGAAAGAGUUGGAGCGAGCGACGCCAUCUGCCCCUAGGGGAGGGGUUAUAUGACAUUAAGUCAAGUUCAGAGUCACACACUCUCAAAUUACUAUCAGGGGAUGAGUUUUCUGUGCUUGAGGUCGUCAAAUUCUGGGACCAAGAUAUGUUUGCUCGCCGUAUGGGUAUUGGCAUACGAAAAGAAAGUAUGCAUCCAGGGCUUAUAGAAACGGCUUAA